AUGACUUCAAAAAGAAACGAAUAUUUAUCAAGUGCAGCAUAUAGAAGGCUAACUGAGGAACAGCGAGAAUCAUAUAUACAAUCUUUAUUUGAUGAAAUUUGUGACGAUGACGCUCCCUAUGACUUUGACUCUGAAGAUGAAGAAGAAAUUCAAAUCAAUGACAUUGAAAUUGCUGAUGACGAUGCUGAAGUUUUGCAAAGUGCCGCAGAAGUAUUACCUGAUUAUGCGGACUAUGAGGAUGAUGAAGAAGACGAUGAAGAAGAAGAAGUAGAAGAAAAUAAUGAAUUACCUGCUAGUGCCGAAAAAUUUGUUGCACGUGAUGGUACUGAGUGGAUGAAAGAACCAAAUGUAAGUCGUCAGGUGCUCAGGCAAAAUAUUAUAAGAGAACGUUCUGGACCAGCUGGAUGCACUGAAAUGUUGUCAAUAGAGCAAACAUUCAAAUGUUUCAUGAACGUUGAAAUGGCUGAUAUAAUUAUGCGCCACACAAAUAAGUUAGCAAAAGAAACUUAUAAUGCUUACAACAAUGCGCAUCCAAACACAACUCCUAAGUCAUGGACGCCUGUGUCAAUAACAGAGCUGUAUGCAUUUUUUGGCAUACUAAUUAUGACUGGUGCAAACCAUAGCAAUGGAGAAUAUGUUCCAGAUUUAUGGAGCGUCAAAAACUAUCCUUUAUAUCGCGCCACAAUGGGAGUCAACCGUUUCUGUUCGAUAUUGCGGUUCCUAAGAUUUGACGAUAAAAACACUCGUGCAACACGCUUACUAACUGAUAAAGCAGCACCGAUCAGUGAGUUUUGGACGAUGAUGAACAAUAAUCUUGCUGCACAUUACAAGCCCAGCUCAUGCUUGACGAUUGAUGAACAAUUAUUUCCUUACCGUGGACGCACACGGUUUACGCAGUACAUACCGUCAAAACUUGCUAAAUAUGGUGUCAAGGUUUGGUGGAUUUGCGAUGCCACAAAUACAUAUCCACUGCAUGGACAAAUAUAUACUGGCCAAGCAGAAACUGGUAGGGAAGCGAACCAAGGCGAACGAGUGGUGAAGGAUUUGUCUGCCAAAUACCAAGAAAGUGGCCGAAACAUUACAAUGGACAAUUUGUUUACGACCUUGCCAGUUGCAGAACUGCUUCUCAAGAAAUGA